AUGAGUACGAAUAAAGAUAAACAAGCGGUGAAGAAUCGGAAGGAUCUCAGCGAUGCCGGCACGAGUUGGAUCGAGUCGGGCGUGAAUAUGAAGCCGACACACGAGGACAUGGAUUGGUAUCAUGGAUUGUUGCCGAGAGCCGAUAUUAACAAACUACUCGAGAAUGAUGGCGAUUUUCUCGUCAGGACCACACAUAAAGAUAAGGAUGGCCUCACAAUUAUUCUAUCUGUCAAAUGGAAUGGAAAAUGCCAUCAUUAUCCAUGUGUCGAGCUUCCAGAUGGCACCAUUCUUGUGGACGACAAGCGAUUCGAUAGUGUUCUCGACAUGAUCACCUCAUUGAAAACCAAAAAGACGCCAGUCUCGAAAGAAGUCGGCGCGAUUCUCAUCAAUCCGAUAAUGAAGCAGGAAUGGGAAUUGAGGCACGAUCAGAUAUCACUUGGCAAAAUGCUCGGCGAGGGCGCAUUCGGAGGCGUCUACCGCGCAACAAUGUACCAUAAAGGUCGCAAAAUUCCAGUGGCUGUCAAAGUGAGCAAAGGCAACACGAAAAUGAGCACGAAGAGCAUGAUCGAGGAGGUGUGCAAGGAGGCGAGAAUCAUGCGAAAAUACCAACAUCCGAAUAUCGUCAACUUCUAUGGUGUCUGCGUCGAAAGGGAACCUAUAAUGCUCGUAAUGGAGCUCGCCAACAUGGGAGCUCUUGACUCGUAUCUUCAAAAUGAGAAGAAUAAUGUGACACUGAGAGAUAAGAUGAGAUUCUCGUUGGAUGCCGCCAAAGGACUCGAGUAUUUGCACCAGCAUGGAUGCAUUCAUAGGGACGUGGCCGCGAGAAAUUUUCUCGUCCACAAGUGUAGUGUGAAAAUUAGCGAUUUCGGUUUGUCGAAACAGCUAUCGGAUCAUGCGCACAAGUAUAAGUUGAAGGACCUUCACCAAAAGCUGCCGAUUCGCUGGCUGGCUCCUGAGGUCAUGGCCUCAGCGACCUACACCUUCAAAUCCGAUGUGUUCUCAUUUGGAAUUUUGCUAUGGGAGAUUUUCAUGGACGGCGCAAUUCCAUAUCCGGGCAUGACACUGGCCGAAGUCAGCCGAGAAGUGCGAAAAGGCUAUCGAAUGGAGCCGCCCGACCGAAUGCCGACGUUUGUGCGAACGGUGAUGAUCAAUCAGUGUUUUCCAAACAAUCCCGAGGAUCGUGGGAAUAUGACGGAGAUUCGAAACGCAAUUGAGAAUAUGCUUGAGGGCAGGAUUUCAGCGUUCCAAAACAUGCGGUCGGUCUAUUAUAGGACAUGA